AUGACAGGUUCUCCCAGGCUCGUGCACGACGAUCGUCCAGAUUCCGCGUACGGCUCGAGAAAAAACUCGAGAGAAACCACGUCGACGUCGCAUAGUUCUUUAUCAGAGUUUAGAGACGAAAAAAGUCGCAAUACACCGAGCGGGACCCCGUCCGUCAAGGUGGACGAGAACCUAGGAGAGAAGAUCACCAAACGGAAGCAGGUGAAGGUACUCGUGGCAACGUCUUUAAUGUCUUUCUGGAUUAUAGGUCUUACCCAGAGCUUCGGUAUCUGGCAGAGACAUUACGGAAGCGAUUCAGCCGUUGAAGAUGGGUUAAUCCAACCUAGCGACUUGACCGAGCGGCCUACAAUCGCGGCGAUCGGGUCUCUUGGGAAUGGAGGAAUCGUCGCCGCGUUUUGCAUAUUCUACUUCCCGUAUCUGCCGGAUAUUGGGAAGCACAUCAGAACACUAUGCGCGGUGGGGACGGGGUUAAUGGUGCUUGGUUUUGGAACGGCUGCUGCAAGCACGCGGCUUUUGCAUCUCGUUGGUACCCAAGGGCUCCUGGCCGGUCUUGGAGGUGGUCUGAUACUGUCCACGCUGCCCCCGAUCCUGGCAGAGUACUUUGGUCGACAUAGUGGCUUGGCGCAGGGUAUCACGCUGGCUGCUGCUGCCGUUGGCGGUGCCGUCCUCUCCUUCGCUACGCCCGAACUCCUCGACGCGUUAGGAACCCGAGGCACACUUGGCGUAUUUGCGGUAAUGAGUGCUGUAGUUGGCGGUCUCAUUAGCGGUCUUGCUCUGCCGCCCCGAAAACUUGAAAAGAGAAGCGCGAAAGUUGUGAGCUGGAGGGCCUUCAAGGACCCAGCCUUCGCACUUCUGUUCAUCGUCAACCUCCUUCACCCACUGACCGCGGCCAUUCCCGCGACCUUCGGACCUGACUUCGGCGAGGCCCUAGGCUAUAGCAUCAAGGCAACUUCAUACUGGCUGGCGCUCACGAACGGAGUCGGAAUUAUAUCGAGGCUUUGCGUCGGCGGCCUAGCGGAUAGAUUAGGGCAUCAGAACAUGGUCAUGGUCGCGACGUUUGUGUAUGCUCUGAGCACAUGGACCCUAUGGCUUAUCGCGGCACAAACGAGCAACCGAGGGUACUGGAUUGCAUUCAAUGUCCUAUAUGGCAUCGUAAACGGCACCUUUAACACAGUAAUGAACUCGGUCCAAAAGCAGCUCUUUGGUGACGAACUGUACUACCCAUACAAUGGGGCGCUGGCCUCCAUUCGAGGAGCUGGAUACGCAUGCGGUGUUCCGAUUGCGGGGGCGCUCGUGAGCCGGGUCAAGGAUAGCGAGCUGACGGGAAGGGACUUUAUGAAGCCCAUAGUGUAUACCGGCGUCAUGCUCACGGUUUCCUUGGUCUGUCUUGGAGGAGUCCGUUGUUUAGACUGGAGGAGGAAUGGGCAUAGGUGGAUCCGAUGACGGACUCCGACAUACUGGACCUUAGCGAAACAGACGCGGUGCCUAGGUACCCAAGCCUACAUCAUCGCGGUGGUGAUGGGUUAGGCGGAACCGAGGGAACCGUGGUAGGUACCGAUCGUGUUGGACUGGAUGAGGGGUUCGGUGGCGUGGAAUUCAGAUUGAACUGGGAUGCCCUUCGUAGGCUAGCGAAUCUGGAUACGAUUGCGUGGGAGUAUUUCAAAGCUCCAUGAGUUCGACGAGGCUGCUACUACAACUUGUUUGACCUGUAGUUUCAGGCCGACCGCUGAGGAAUAAAGACCCCUGAUCGCUACCAGGGCCAGGGUCGUGGACGCCUGCAUGACUCUGUUUACAAACCCCGGGCCAGCAAGCGUCUGCGGGGUUUGGGGUAUCGAUACAGUGGCCUUCGCAUCUGUGUAUGAGCGUAUCCAGGCGGGAAGAUGGACCUUGCGAUAGCCGCGAGCCGCGCAAGAUUGCAUGAG